AUGGCUGCAUUCCUAAGGUCCGCUUGGGUAGUUCUAUUACUUUUUGAAGUGAAGCUUGCUAUGGGUUUCCGUUGUGACAGGCGACCCUAUGGUUCUACAACUACGUCUUCACCACCUGACGUACAAAUAACAGAGACAGAUGGUCAAUCGAGAUUCAUAGGCUUCAUGAUAUCAGCGGAAGGCGACACGAAACAAGACCCCAAGAAUCCUAGAAGAAUGAUAUCUCAAUAUCCGGGGGAGAUCAGACCUCAGAGUCAGUCAACGGCCAAGUUCAGCGAUCGUUGCCUUUAUUCUGUUGAACAGUCAGUGAAUUCGUAUAAAUCAUCUGUUGAGGUUUAUUGGCAAGCUCCAUCUUCUGGUAACGGAUGCGUCACACUUAGAGCUAUGGUAGCAGAGAACGAGAAUGUGUGGUUUGAAGAUGGUGGGCCAUUAACACUGAAGGUGUGCGAAGAUAUGCGGCAGCCUGACGACGUAUCUCCACAAUUUAAUGACGAAUGUACGAUCUGCGAUGAAGCUAAGUAUGAGAUAUCCUUUACUGGUAUUUGGUCUCGUAAUACUCAUCCAAAUAAUUUUCCUGAAAAUGAUUGGAUUCCCCGUUAUAGUGAUAUGGUUGGGGCGUCACAUACUGGAGAUUUUAUUCUAUGGACACCCGGCACUGAAGCCACUGAAGGUUUAAAGCAAUUAGCAGAACACGCCAACUCAAGUAAGCUAGAAGAAGAAAUAUUAGAAAAGGUAGGCGAUGGUGUAAGAACCCUGAUUAAGGGUAAAGGUCAUAGUUAUCUUAAAAUGAACACACCAACAUAUUCUUUUUUCCGUACAAAUAAAGAUUAUCAUCUUGUCAGUGUCGCAAUUGGUAUCUAUCCAUCACCAGACUGGUUCCUGGGGGUAGCGAGAUUUGAGUUAUGCCAACAAGAUAACACCUGGCUUCGGGAACGAGAGCUAAAUUUAUUUCCAUGGGAUGCAGGCACUGAUAGUGGUGUUUCUUACGAGUCGCCGAAAAUUCAAACAUUUCCACAGGAUACUGUAAGUCGAGUACAAACGAGUUCGUAUGACAAAAACUCUCCAUUCUUCGAAACGGACAUGAAAGAUUUACAUCCAUUUGGACGAUUAAGUUUGAAAUUAAUAAGAACUUAUCAAAGGGAAUGUGAAGAAACCACUGAAAGUGAAGUGGAAGAAACGACUGAAAAUACAAAUAAAGAAGAAGGUUCCGAGGAAGCAGGAGAACCCAUAGAACCAUCCAGGUAUCAAAACCCAGAGUUAGGUAGCAGCGACAACGGGGGUUCGUUAGAACCAGAUCCGGAAUCUACAGAAGAUUGUCCAAUGACACCAUGGCAAGAGUGGAGUAGUUGUGAAGGAAAUUGUGUAGACGGAAAAAUCACUAGUAUGAAAUGGAGGGAAAGGUACCAUUUAGUGGAUGGGAUCCCGAUCGGAAAAUAUGAUCCUAACAUGAAACAUUUACCUAAUAAGGAAGUAUCUAAAUAUUGUGAAGACACUUACGAACAUUUCGAAGACGCUCCAUGUGAAGAAGACUGUUCUGAAAUUAAAGAGGAGGGAGAGGAACUCACAGCUGAACAAAGAAUCAUGGCGCCGGUUAUACCUGGCCAUACUUGGUCUAAGAAGAGAGCUCUAGCCAAAUCUGACAAAAUCAGAUCAAAUGUUUAA